UGAAUCAUAGUACAUUCAUUACAACAGACAGACAAUCAGACAAUCAAUCAAUCAGAGGAAGCGUGUCUGCCAUGCCGCACAUAUGUACACGGUACCGUUCGUACACUCAUCACCACCUCACCGGUUGCGUUGCGUUGCAUGCACACUCACACUCACACACAUCAUAUCAUAUAUGGCCCGCCUCUUUGUAUUGUAUCUACACAAACACACAACGAAGGACCAAUCUGCCUGCCUGCCUGGGUCAAAAACAGACAAACGCAGCGAGAGACGAGAGUAGAAGGCAGGCCAAAAACCAGAUGGGCAGGCAGGAAGGGAGCAGGCAGACACGCAGGCAGACAGCAAUAAAAGUACCAUGUGCACGCAUGCCAUAAGUCCCGGCAGGCAGCACCCGAAAAAGAGAGUGCCGUACAGACCCGCCCGUUCCCUUUGUCAUUGUCAUUGUAAUUGUAUCAUCACCAGCAAAGCAGACAGAUGGCCGCUUGGGCUUGAAAAAGAUACAGCACCACGCACACACACGCACACAAGGAUGAUGCACACCACCCACACCUACACCCGAUACACACGCCCUCCUCUGUCUGUUGUUUCCCUGCCGUCCUCACGAGCCCUCCCAACACCAUGAUGGUACGGUGAGGGUUGUGUGGCCGACCGCACUCCACUAGGUCAGUAGCAGUCGGCCACCUUGCGGUCGAUCUCGACGGUGUCCUUACAUGACGGUGACGGCUCAUUCACAAACGAAAUGAGCCUUCCGAUACGGUCAACAGCCAUAGGAAACACACCUACACCACAGACACCACACAAACAGCCACACCUCAAGCGGAUCAGUCUAGCCUGCAGCUCGUGCACCGUAUUUCCUCACCUCUGGGGCCGACGAGCGCUUCCUUCAGCCCGUCGACUUUGCGCUGCACAAACGACAGCAGAGAGGGCAGCAGCCUGAAGGGAACAAUGACAAGAGAUGAAAGGAGGGCAUGCAUAACUGACGUGAUUCCUCCUCAUCCUUCCCCACCUGCGCUGCUCUGGGUUGCGGGGCAUCAUGCUCGAGCUCAUCCCUGGCUCGAUGAUGAUGGCGCCUCCGGCCCACGCUCUUCACACACACAGCUUGCGGUCGUUAAAGGUGUGAAGGGUGUGUUGAAAUCGU